CGCACCCGCCGAACCGACCCAAUUACCCAACCACAACACCCUAUCCCCACCAAACUUUCAAAUCGACACCACAUCAUCAUGUUCCGCACCGCCGUUAUCCGAUCUUUCGCCGCCGCGACGCGGACAGCCAUCCGACCCAUCCCGUCGGUUUCCGCAAGGAGAUUAGCUAUCGCCCCUGUCUCCAAGCCUUCUUCGUUUGUUCCCAAGACGGUCGCAUGGCAAGCGGUGCGGUGCUAUGCCUCGGGCGGCAGCCUCGAGAGGGGUGAGGUGUAUGAACGCAUUAAGCUGCUGCUUUCGGGUUUUGACAAGGUCAACGAUCCUGCCAACAUCACAGAGACGGCGCACUUUGCGAACGAUCUGGGCCUCGACAGCCUGGAUACUGUCGAGGUUGUAAUGGCCAUUGAGGAGGAGUUUAGCAUCGAGAUCCCCGACAAGGACGCCGACACAAUCCAUAGCGUUGACAAGGCGGUCGAGUAUAUCCUUAGCCAGCCCGACGCGAACUAGAGUGCCAGCCAUUUAUCUCUGUUCAACCCUGUACCAUAUCAUGACCAGAAUCAAGACGCAGCAGCAUACCACGCCGCCCCUCCCUGGUGUUUCUUAGACGGUGGGACGAGCUCAGGGGAGGUGUCCGUAAUCUACCUCAAUAUUGGGCGUUUGCAUGGGCGGAUGGAUGGCUGUGCUGUGUAUGUGUGAAUAUAUUAGCAGCAACCAAAGAUGAGGAUGGGAAGCCCCCAGUCACACUGCUGUCUUGAAACGAAACGCUGCUCGCUUCAGUUGCGGAAUUGUGAUUGUGAACAUGACAGCUAACAUUUACAACCUCAG